AUGGAGGGCGGCUUCGCCAUCGCUUUGGUGGCCUUGGCGACCUGGGCAGCGCUGCUCCCCGGGGCGUUUUGGGAGGCGCUUGGCCUUGCCGUGCGAGAUGGAGGUAGGUUGGCAAAAGGGCAAGCUCUGACGACCAAGCCGUUGCUCGGAGGAGUCGCGAAAGGAACUCCACAGGAAGAGCCGGGGAUGCUCUUGGGGGCAGUGAAGGUGGUGACACCAGGGACGCGUUCGCAAAUCCAGUCGGACAACACAGGAAUGAAGAGAUCCCACGAAGCAAUGGUCGGCGAGGGGCAAGCUGGUGAAGUCUUUCGCGCCGAGCCUCCUUCGGUGACCUUUGUGGUCCUCGGCCCCAGUGGUCAGGAGAUCGGCCGCUUCAGGCUGCCUCGAGAGGCCCAGGCAUUGGAUCUCAAGCAGGCAGUGGAGGAAUCUACUGGCUUGCCCCGCGAGACUCAGCAGGUUCUCAUCGGGCACCGCCGUGUGGAAGACGAGGAAAUGUUGCUAGCAGGUGGUGAUACUCCAGAUUUGGCAGAGGUCGAGGCGACGCUGUUGGUUCAGCUGCCCGUCCCGACGACACGUCUUGAAGUUCAGUGGAAGCAACUGCCAGAGACCGACGGCUACCUUGAGGAGCUGCGAGUCUUAAACCUGGCGCGUGCAGGGAGGAGGGGAUGGCCGCCGAAGGAAGUCCUCGUCCCCACCGCUAGGAUGGGCUGCGUUGGCAUCGACCCGGAAAGUGGCCUUCUCGUUCUGGUAGGAGGAGGCCUUCCUGAACACUUCGGGCGCCGUAAUGGCGCCAGGUACGGUUACGACUCCGGUGAAGGCUCUGAUAGCUUGCAUGCCUCAGAGCUCGAGGACGCUGACGGCGACAAAAAAAGGCCGUCGGGCCCAAGGGUGGAAUACCUGCCCUUCUCUUGGAAGCCUGGCUAUCGGCGGCAGCAUCCUGCUCGAAGGCGAAAUUACGAGGAAAGAUGCUAUAGCUUCCGGAACUCCGCCAGAAACAGUUUGCUGGUGAUGCCAGCAGACAGCCCAGCCUUUUCUCUUCCUCUCGAUGGCCACGACCCACUUGUGACAGCAGUGGAAAUGCAUGCCAUGUCGUCCCUGCAGGGAUAUCCUUUUCCUUCUGUUGGACUAGCAGUCGCUCUUGCCACUGGAAGCCGCCGAAAGUUUGCGGGUCCACUGCAGUUAAUUGCAUGCGAGCUGAGUCCCGUGACUGCAAGGACCGUAUGCUUGACGCCUGCAGAUGCUGACUGCCAGGCGGUCUGCCUGGACCGUGGCAAAGAGGUGGCCAUCUCGGCUGAAGUGCACUCCGAUGGCACUUACAUUGGCUUCUACCGCCUCCGGCCCUGCCAGGCCGCGAGUGCCGAAAGGCUUCGUGCCGAAGGGGGAUCCUGCGGCAGGAGGGCCACGAGCAUAGCAUGGUCUGAACCCGCAAACGCGGUUCUUCUCACCUUUGCCGGGGAGCAUGCCAUCUACGUCUACCAGCGCGUGGGCGCUGCCUGGCAGCCUCUGCAGACUCUGGGCGAUGCUUCGAGUCGGGGCUGCCAGGAUGGCCCGGCUUCAGAGUUGCGAUUUUGGUUUCCAUGCGGAGACUGCCGGCUUCUGCAAGGCCCCUAUGGCUCCUUGAUGAAGGACUCCUUUCCCCUCUUGCCGGGCCCGGGUGGCGCCAUUUAUGUUCAUAGUGGGGGUGCCUUGCUCCUUCUGGCUGCAGACCUGACCUCCGCUCGCAAGAUCACUUCCAUGCGGGAGGAGCUCUGGCUGACGGAGGAUGAUGAAGGUACGCCUAUUUUUCCAACCUGCCAAAAUGUAUUCGGAGUGCAUUCAGGCAGUGUCUACCGAUCUCUUGUAAGAACCAAUGAUACCGAAGAGGUGCUGAUACGCAGGCUCCAGAUUUCUGCAGAGCUGCGACGGCCUCGAAGCGACAUCCGCGCGACGGCUCCCAAACUCUGGCCAAGCAUUACAGAACAACGGAUUUAUCAUGCCGAGUUGGCUUUCGGCCCACAGAUUGCGCCAACAUAUUAUCAUGACUCACAUCGAGACAAGUGGGAUGGCAACGUCAUGUGGCUUUCCGAUGACUGGCUGUGGGAAGAUUGUCCCCACAAAAAGCCGCAGGAUCUGCGUGUGUCAGUGUUUGGCAUGUGGACCACCUUUGCGAGUUGGCGCGCAACAUCCUCUCAGUACUCAUGUGGUGAGAGCAACGACAGUCAACUCAGGAUCUCUUACGAAGACGCCUGCAAGCCUGUGCUGCCUUGGAAGAAGUAG